CAUCUGGAAAUAUGCAGAACAGGCAAUUUAUUCUUCUUUAAUCUUCUCAAAUGCCAAGUUCACAGGGUCAUAAUAAAAAACUGUACAGUAAUAUGUUUUGUUAUUUAGGCUAUUCACAGUUUAAUAGGUAUAUUUUCAUAAUGUGGUGUCUGAUUCAACAGACUAUUUGAGAAUCUGGAUUUAGGGCAUCUGAAAACAUGCAGAACAGGCAAUUUAUUCUCCUUUAAUCUUCUCAAAUGCCAAGUUCAGAGACUCAUAAUAAAAAAAACUGUAAGUAUCACAUUAAAAAAUAUUUUCUUUCCUAUUUUAGUGAAAUACUUUAUUCUAAUUUGUAAAAUGAAAGAAAAGCCCCAUAGAAGUAGUUCUACGCUGUUUUAAAUGAGAGUUUUAGCUGUUUAGCUCCAUUCAGCGCGGUGAUGGGGUGUAAUGUGAUAUGGAGGGGGCGGAGCUCUACAUAACCCGAAUGAGGCUGAGCUUCGGGCUCUGCAGUUCUUUCGCAGCGCCUGAGGAGGAAGAGCAGGAUCAGCUGAACUACAGAAGAAAUAAAAAUAUUCCUGGUUUUCUCCAGAAAUUCAUCACUACCAACAACCAGGAUAAUUAACAAAAAGCAAUGUUAAACUGCUGAAAGAGGUGAAGCACAAGCCGUCCUGAAGAAUCUCCAGAACACGCAGAAAUCGUUUGACACAUUAAACAGACAAAUUAAGCCAAGUCCCGACAUGGAGAAACAUCAGCACUCUGUCAAGAGUUUUACUAAACAGAGUGAUCUCAAAAUUCACCAGCGCAUUCACACAGGAGAGAAACCACAUCACUGCUCAGACCUUGGGAAGAGUUUUACUAAACAGAGUAAUCUCAAAAAACACCAGCGCAUUCACACAGGAGAGAAACCGUAUUACUGCUUAGACUGUGGAAAGAGUUUUAAUCAACAGAGUAAUCUCAAACUGCAUCAGCGCAUUCACACCGGAGAGAAACCGUAUUACUGCUCAGACUGUGGGAAGAGUUUUACUAAACAGAGUACUCUCAAAAUUCACCAGCGCAUUCACACAGGAGAGAAACCGUAUUACUGCUUAGACUGUGGAAAGAGUUUUACUGAACAGAGUACUCUCAAAAUUCACCAGCGCAUUCACACAGGAGAGAAACCGUAUUACUGCUCAGACUGUGGGAAGAGUUUUAAUCAACAGAGUACUCUCAAUAAUCACCAGCGCAUUCACACCGGAGAGAAACCGUAUUACUGCUCAGACUGUGGGAAGAGUUUUACUAAACAGAGUACUCUCAAUAAUCACCAGCGCAUUCACACCGGAGAGAAACCGUAUUACUGCUCAGACUGUGGGAAGAGUUUUACUACAAAGAGUACUCUCAAUAAUCACCAGCGCAUUCACACCGGAGAGAAACCGUAUUACUGCUCAGACUGUGGGAAGAGUUUUACUACAAAGAGUACUCUCAAUAAUCACCAGCACAUUCACACAGGAGAGAAAACUAUCCCAAAUUUGUUCCACUGCAAUAAAAAGUGCAAAUCGUAAAUCUUUCAGACAGAACACCUUAUCCUACAAAAAUUUUUCACUUUGUCACUUGGGACACGUUCCACCAGAAACAAACAUGAACUGAAUUUAACAAUGGAUUUUACAGGUUCAGCAAAAUGAAUCUGAUCCAGCGAUGAUGUUUAUUGAAUUUAAUGUUAUGUUUUCUCGCAUGUUUGAUAUUCCAGGACAUUCUUCGUGAGACACAGCUCAGUUUUUAGGGUAGUUACGGUAGGAGUUCAGUUCUGAAGAAGGGAAGGUUGUUUAAGUUCGAGUGAGGGCACUGCCAGUGCUUGCACCAGAUGUUAGGUUAGCAUAAUUUAGUCUUUAAAAUGUAGAUGUUGUUAGGAGUACAGUAGGAUUCUUAGUCUGCAACUAAGCAUUUUGGAUCAAACCUUCAGUGCUUAUGCCUAAAAGGUUUUGAAUGCAUUUAAUCGCUUUUCUAGUAUAUACAGAUUUAAUUAUUUCCAUUAAUUUCCAGUAUCUCUGUUUUUCCUCUGUGGAAGCCGUCCUCAGUUCCCCAAGCUUAGCAUAGCUUACUUUAAUGCUAUCAACUGCCAGGCCACCCAUAUGAAAGGAUAAGGGGAAAACACCACCUGAGGAACUCCAGAGAGAGAGUGCUCACAAAAGUGUGACCCAGAGCCACAGAGAGACGACACUGUGCCGGGUACUGCCGUGUGGAGCAUUCAGACCCCACAGAGAGGCCAACAAAAUAUUUUCCAGAGGUUAAAUAAAACGCUCCAGCCGUAGUUCUCAUACUGAAAUCAACCCCCUCCAGACCUGUAUAGCGCAGUAAAGUUGCUGGCUCAUUUAUUGCCCCUGCUGUUGUUCUCUCUGUUACAAUAGAGGGAUAUUUUGUUGAUGUAUUACUCAAGUUUUUAACUCUUUUUCUUAUUAGAUAUUGUAUCUUGCUUAAGACUUUUUAAUCUCCAAAGUAACUAAGAAUAUCCAAUUAAUUUAGUUCAUUGAUUGUUUUUAUCCAGUAACAACUAUUAUCCUUGCAUUGCUUCACAUCUAUAUUUACUAGGGGUGCAGGAAAAAAUCGAUUGGAGCUAACAUUGAACGAUUCAGAAUCGAUUCUCAUUUUCCAAAAAAAACGUGUUUUUUGGGUGAAGCUACUGUCGCGCUGAGCUUUUUAACUGUCCCUGCGGAGCUCUUUAACUGUUAAAAAGCUCUGCGCGACAGGUGAACUCCCAGUUAGGCAACAGAGGGGUGUGCAUGCUAAAAUCCAGUGUAUUUAGUAUCUUCUCUGCUUGUUACAUAAUUAUAGCCUAUCUAACGUUCCACUCUUGACCUUGUGGCUGUUUAUGAGUGUUUUCUAGUUUUAACAAUGUCUACCUUUUAGAAAUGAAUACAGGAUUAGUCAACCAUGCUAGAAAUUAAUCAUUCAUUAUUGUGGCACUGUCACUACAUUGCAAAAAUAUUUUAUACAGUAAGGAACCUAAGUUUAUUGUUUGAAAUAAAUGUUCUAUUUGUUUAAAUUGUCUUUUCAUCUUUUUAUCUUCUCACAUAAUUUAAACAAAAUUUAUAGGCCAUUUGAAUUGAUAAAUCAUUCUAGAAUCGAAAAUCGUUUCUGAAUCGAAUCUUGACCCCAGAAAUCGGAAUCAAAUCAAAUCGAAACACUGAGAGAUUUAUACCCCUAAUAUUUACUCGUGUGUGUUUCAAUAAAAUGCUUUUAUAUUGCAAGAUCUCCAAUCUCGUGUUUUCUCACUAUAUGGUUGGUAACCUUUCUGUGACCUGGAACCUAUCCAUCCUGAGCCUGUUUUAUGUUAUUAUUUGGUGAAGGGUGUGAUUGGAGAUAACCACACCUGCACACUCUUAUUUUUAAAUGUUUUAUACAUUUAUAUAUACAGUUAUUAUUUUUCUGUUCACUUAAUAAUUUAUUUAAAAACUGCUCUCUUUUGAACUGUCACAAUGACGCAGGGCUUUGGAGGUUGUUUGUACGUUUUCAGGAAUCAGGAAGGUCAGAGUGUUUUCAUCAACAGGGAGAGCUGUGAGGAGAACGUGACCCUGAGUGGCAGAGAAGCUUCACUGCUGUUCUGCUGUUCUGGGACCAGUGUAUAUGAACUAGGAGACAACAAGCUCUCUGAGUGAAGUGCUGGGAACCUCUUCUCAGAUAUCCAGCGCAUGCCUGUUCUACACACCGUAAAGUCGCACACAGGCCAGAAGAUCUUUCCAUCCACUCUUUUCCUCUGUUUCAUCUUCUCACAGACUUUAAGGCACAUAAGGAUUGUUUGGAACACAAGGACUGUCUGCUGUGUUCAUGAAGGACACAGAGCUGAACAACAUCAUGAUAAGAACUUGUUGCUCAGACAGGCUGGAGCUGAUCACGUCAUCAGAACUGGACAACAAGCUGUUAACUGGACUGGAUAAAUGUAUAACUGCUUGGAUUAA